AGGUUAGCACAAUCCCUCUUGGACCAAUAAGCGUUCGUCUUUCAAAGCCGCGUGCCUGAAGUCUCACCCUGACGUCAGUGAAGAAUGGACGACACGCAGAGCCGUCAGAGUGAGAGUAUGGGAGACUGCCCCAUCUGUUUGGACCACAUCCAAAAGAAGAAAACACUCAAGUGUCAUCAUUCGUUCUGCGCCGAGUGCAUUGACUCCGUAUUCAGACUCAAACCCGCAUGUCCGAUAUGUAACACCUUUCAUGGAGUUUACACUGGAACCCAGCCGAGCGGUACUAUGACGGUGAAUCGCAGCUGGCAGAGGCUGCCAGGGUUCGAACACUGCCAGUCUAUCGUCAUUGAGUACUACUUCCCAGCAGGAGUACAAGGGCCUGAACAUCCAAACCCUGGGAUGAGGUACAGCAGCACCUCCCGCACUGCCUUCCUGCCCGCCUGUGAGGAGGGGGAGAAGGUCCUGAGGCUGCUCAGGAAAGCUUUUGACAGGAGACUCCUCUUCACCAUAGGGCGAUCUGCCACCACAGGCCUCAACAACGUUAUCACAUGGAAUGAUAUCCACCACAAGACUAGCACCGGAGGAGGCCCUCAAUGUUUUGGUUAUCCAGAUCCAGGAUAUUUGUCCAGAGUUCAGGAGGAGCUUCGUCUCAAAGGAGUGACAGAGGACGACUGAUGGAUGGAGAUCUUCCACAGACAGAUUUAGCAUGUUUCACCAAGUUCAGUAUUACAAGUUUGUAUUAUUUUCAUCCCCCGUCUGGUGGCAUAAUCAUUCUAUUAUAAGUAGUCAUGUCACAACAAAAUUUUUCAAAAUUAUUUAAAAAAAAAUCAGAAUAAGCAAAGGAAUGUAACUUUUACUGCAGCUUGUAGCAUUGUAGAAAUUGUGCUUUCAUCUGAUAUUUACAGUUUUUCAGCUGCAGUUAAGGAUAAGUGAACACAUAAAGCAAAACUACAGAGGAAUGUGCUCUAAUGCAAGUAUAUAAUUGAACAAAUACAUAUUUUAUAAUUAUUUGUAGCCAAAGCCUCAUUAUUAAAAAAAAACAUAAAACUACAGCUAUAAAGCAGAUAAAAUAUAAUCCCCAAAAAUAGAAAAAUAGUAGAAUAUUGGGUCUGUUAAAUUAAAUGAGUGCCUUGAAAGAAUAUAAAACAUUUCAUUAUUAUUUCUCAGUUUGAUUUGACAGAAAUGUAACAGUGCCUUUGCCAUUUUGUACCACUAGGGGGCGAUGUUGGUGUAAGAGAGUUGUGUUUGGAAAGUGUGGCUGUUCUGUUCUGUCUUUCCAAGUUAUCAUUCUAACAACAGAACAUCUCGGUUCAUUUUUGUGACCUGCAGGUCAUUUUGUUGUUCUAUAAAGAAUCAACACAAGCAUUUAAGGUUGUGAGUGUUCUAUAAUUUAUUUUAUAUACAUGUUAAAGGUUUAACGAAUGAUACAAUCAUUGCUGGAAAAACAAACUCUUUUGCAGAGUUUUGCACUUUUCACAAGUUUACUCAAACAGCAUGCAAAGUAAAAAUGUAACUGUGGGAAACGUGAUUGCACUGACAGACUGCAGACUGAUUAAAAAAAAGAACAUUUAUUUAUUCUGAUAGAAUAUUCUUGUGAGACAAAUUACACAUUUGAUGAGGCCGAUUUAGUGCUAUGAUGGCAGUUUUUGGUUGGUGUAAAUUGCUGUGUAAUCUCAAGAUUUCAGACAAAGACCCAUCUGCUCAACUCUGCUGGAGUAUGAUCAACUCCUCUGCUAACCACUUUCUGUUAUAACUCAUGAGGAAAUUUUUUUGCUGUUAUUUUCAUUUUUUUAUUUUUCAAUGCACAUACUUUACGGUGCCUUGUUAUUGUAAGAUGAUUACAAAUAAAACAAAAAUGGUUGCUAAU